AUGGCGGCCCUUCGCGGAGGCGAUCAGGUCUAUGCAACGCUCCUGUUGAACGAUACAUACCUUCCAGGCGCACUAGUUCUUGCUCAUUCUUUGCGCGAUGCCGACACCUCGAGACAGCUCGCCGUCUUGGUCACGCUCGAUACCGUCUCCGCUGAGGUCAUCACCGAACUCAAGGCCGUCUACGACCACGUAAUUCCUGUGCCGAGAAUACGAAACGACCGACCCGCCAACCUCUACCUCAUGAACCGCCCCGAUCUGCACUCCGCCUUUACCAAAGUCAACCUGUGGAGACAGACCCAAUUCUCCAAGAUUGUCUACAUUGACGCCGAUGUCGUUGCGUACCGGGCUCCAGACGAGCUGUUCGACAUCGCCGCGCCCUUUUCUGCGGCACCCGACAUUGGUUGGCCGGACCUCUUCAACACGGGUGUCAUGGUGCUCAGCCCCAACAUGGGCGACUACUAUGCGCUCAUGGCCAUGGCCGAGCGAGGGAUCUCGUUCGACGGCGCCGACCAGGGUUUGUUGAACAUGCACUUCAAGAACACGUACAACCGCAUCAGCUUCACCUACAACGUCACUCCUUCGGCGCACUACCAAUACGUCCCUGCCUACCGGCAUUUCCAGUCGAGCAUCAACAUGGUCCACUUCAUUGGUCCCGACAAGCCCUGGUUCAAGGGCCGCCAACCGAGCCAGACCGACUCGCCUUUCGAGGACAUGGUCGGCAGGUGGUGGGCCGUCUACGAUCGCCACUACAGAGCCACGGUGUGUCCCACAAACCACUUGUCCAUAUCAGAUGCUGACGGAGGUCAAAUUCAGGAGACGAAAGCUGCGGCCCCGCCACAGCAUGACAACGUCCCGGAAAUCGUACAGUACUUCACCAAGGGAGAAUUCCAGCCGCAAGUUGCUCAUGAUGCCCGUGACCAUGGCCCGUCCCAUCCGCACCAGUAUCAUGGAUCGCUGCCCCGUGACCCCGGUCAAGGACCUCGGCCUGAGAUUGCGUAUCAGGCUGGCCCCUCGUUACUCCCUUCCAGCGAGUCUUUUCAGGGUUUUCCCAGACCGCAAGCUGAGACUUUACCAGAGCAGGUUCCAGCGCCCGUGGAGCGAGGUCCAUCACCGCCACCUGCGGAGCAGCCGCGAGAGCCAAGCCAUCCCCCCGUGCCAGCAUGGGAUGCUCAGAGACAACCGCCCCCCGCAGAUUCGAGGCCGGAGGCUCUCAACUUUCCGUCGCAGGUGUAUGAAAUGUCUCAGGAUACCGCUCCGUUUGUGCCCCCCGAACGAUACCCGAGCCCGCCGCGCAACAUGUGGUACGAGGUCCCCAAGGAGAAGCCUGCGCCGCCGACGCAGAAGCCGCGAGCCAUCUUCCCCUGGGAGGUGAACCAGCCCAAACCGACCCGCAUCUUUACCGGGGAAAUGGCAUCGCCAACGGCCGAGGAGCCCUCGAGCACACCAACUGGUGAGAAAACGGCGUCAUCCGCAUUCCAGGCUCUUGCUGAGCCGUCUCUUAUAGGAUCAUCGACGACUGGCCAAAAGAGCGAGCCCAGCACCCCAGCCACCCCGACCAUCAGAGUUGCCACGUCGGAUCCUUGGACCGCCUUCACGCGUACCAAUGCCUGGGACGAAGUGCCCGAGAUCGAGCGCUACGUCGAGGGUCUUCAGAAGCAUCGUCGUGGGAGGAGCCAAGGGUCGGUGGGCGGCACACCUGUUGCGAAGGUGGCAAAGGAGCAUGGGCUCAAGCUCACCGACUUCCCCAGCGUAGUCGACCGACCAAGUCUUCCAGUCACUCCCGCGCCGAUUCGCCGGCCAAAGUUCUGGGGCGGUGGCGGCCCUGGUGCCAGCGAAGGCGACGAGGAGGAGGAGCUGCCGGCCGCCCAUGGCGUGCCGCCGCAGUCUGACUGGGUAUGUGUACAUGGAAUCCGGUGGACUCCCGCAGACUGUCUUUGUGAUGUGACUAACGUGCCGCGGAUACAAAAGGACCCAGCAGUUCAGCUACAGAAACUGGCUAAGCAGCAGUCUGAGGCUUUGCUGAAGAAGCUUGGUGGUGAAGGAGGUCCUGAGGGUUCAUCUGGAGGGGUGGUGCUCAGCCCGCAGCCGGUGAAAGGCGGCGUUGCCUCGAGCAUUGUGCGCAAUAUUGGUGGUGAGAUGGAUCACUCGACAGCAGCCCGGACCCCCGGCACCGUGUCGUCGUCGUCAGCCAUUCCGGAACCGUCUUAUCAGGGCCCGGGCGCCGCCUGGGAGAAGGGCGAAGACGUGCCGUUGAGGGAGACGCCCGCACUGCCCACGGAAGAGGAGCGCGACGUGCUCGACACUUGA